UCUUUAUUGCAAAACGGUUUGAUAACUCGAAUUCAGGCGAUUAUAAAAAUCGCCGAAUUUUAAUUAUCAGUAUCAGUUCACCACUGCACUUCACAAGGAUAACAGUAACAAUGUUCUUUAAGGUAUUGUGCAUCUCCGCUCUGGUAGCCGCAGUAGCUGCUCAGUCCGACCACGGCCACCACGAGCACUACCACGCAUACUCCGCCCAGCACAUCUCGCGCCACGACGGCAAACCAGAGAAAGUCACAGUUGAAGUAAAAGACAAACACGGACAUCAUGAACUUCACUACGAUUACUAUGCUCACCCUAAGUACGAGUUCGAGUACAAAGUAGAGGACAAGCACACCGGCGACCUCAAGAGCCAGCACGAGACUCGCGACGGAGAUGUCGUAAAGGGCUACUACUCUCUGCACGAGCCUGAUGGUUCCGUCAGAGACGUCCACUACCACAGCGACAAGCACACCGGAUUCGAAGCCGCCGUCAAGCACAUCACCCACCACCAUCACCACUAA